UCCUUCACAACAAAGUUAGUUCCAGUUCUGUGGCCGGCUCUCCCCAGGCCUUAUCUUGAUUGGUUGGGGAAGGACGGGGUGGGAGAGGCGAUCUGCUGCUGAGGAUCCACAGACGCUCCGAGCUGCACUGUGUCUGUAGGGAGCACAGACUGAUCCACCUCCUGAACAGAUGUCUUAAUGGACAGUAACACCGGUGCUGCAGACGAGGACCUCUUCACCAAGGAUAACGUGUGAGAUGAGGCAACUUUUUGAGAAGUUAAAGAUUAAGAUAAAGCAGCUGAAGAUUGUUGGAAACGAUCGAGAAGAUUUGGGGACUUAUAAGGAAAUGUGGGGAAACCAUAGGACCCAAACUACAGCGAGCAUCACACACUGGAGAGGAACUCUUCCUGUUCUUCAAAAUUCAUCCAUUAAAUUCUGAAUAAACCUAUCUGGAGCUACCUGAGAGGAGGUCGCUGUACCUGGCGAGGCGAGGAGGUCCGGAGACAGAGAGGGGGGAUGAGUGUGAGGCCUGGCGAGUCCAGGGGUGAGCUAUGAGGGGGAAAACAAGCUGGGAAACGCUUUCAAUGUAAACACACAGCACCAUGCCAACCCUGCUGCCGAGCUGGCACAAGAGGACCUGGACCACACUCCUCCUCGUUAUCUUCAGCCACCAGGUGAGCUGCUCGGUGCUGGAAAGUCUGAUCGCCAAACGGACCGAGUACUGGGAGACCUGCAACAGAACUCUGGCAGCUGCUGGACUCUCAAAAACUGGAAACUACUGCAGAGGAACAUUUGACACGUUUGUGUGUUGGCCCCACUCGUCCCCUGGGAACGUGUCGGUCCCCUGUCCCUCGUACCUGCCGUGGAUCAGUGAGGACGGCUCCAGGAGGGCGCACAGAGAAUGUUUAGAAAACGGGAGAUGGCGUCAGAGGGGGAACUCCUCUGAGCUGUGGAGAGACGACUCCGAGUGUCAGGAGGACCAGUUCUUUAAAGACGAGGAGGAUGAAAUGCUUCGACAGACGGCUCUCAGGCUCAUCUCUGUCAUCGGCUAUUCCCUGUCGCUGACCUCCCUCACACUGGCCACUCUGCUGAUGGGCAUGUUGAGGAAGCUCCACUGCACCAGGAACUACAUCCACAUGAACCUGUUUGUGUCGUUCAUCUUGAGAGCCGUGGCCGUCAUCUCCAAGGAAAUCAUAUUAUAUGUCAUGUACUCCAACCUGCCCAAGGAUGACCCGGGGUGGAACUCCUACUCCAGCUCUGCGAUGGCGCUGAUGUGUAAGUUCUCCAAAGUGUGCAUGGAGUACUUUGUGGCCUGUAACUACUUCUGGCUCCUGGUGGAGGCCAUCUUCCUCCACACGCUGCUCUUCACUGCUGUGCUGACCAAGAGACGACUGCUGAAGAAGUACAUGCUGUUAGGAUGGGGAACUCCUGUGUUGUUUGUGACUCCGUGGACUGUGGUCAAGAUUAUAUAUGAAAACACAGAAUGCUGGUCGAUCGUGAACAGAUGGUUCUGGUGGAUCAUACGGGGCCCGAUCACUCUGUCAGUGCUCGUGAUUUUCUGCAUAUUCAUCAAGAUCCUGAUGCUGCUGCUGUCCAAGCUGAAAGCUGACCUGGUGAAAUUUACAGACUACAGAUACAGCUUGGCCCGAGCCACACUGGUCCUGAUUCCUCUGCUGGGAAUCCAUGAAGUGGUCUUCACUGUGCUGAUAGACGAAUGUGUGGAGGGCAACAGUCGCUACGCCAGGAACUUCAUCAACCUGACCCUCAGCUCCUUCCAGGGGUUCCUGGUUGCUGUGCUGUACUGUUUUGCUAAUGGAGAGGUCCAAGCUGAACUGAAGAAGCGCUGGCAGCUUUUCCUGUUCACCAACCACUUCCAGAUCAGGGGCUGUUUUCGGGGCGCGCCUCUCAAGCACCUGUGGAAGUGCACUCGAGGGCGUCGCCCCCGGUGCUCUCGGCAGAGCGACUCCUACGACGAGGGGGGCACUUCCGCGGUUCACCCCCACCUGCUUCAGGUGGCUGUGCACGGACGGAGCGGAGUGAUCGGACUAGGAGGGGUUAAAGGUCAGGGGCUGAAGGGCUACGAUGCAGCAGGGCUGGACUUCCUCACCAGGAAGAGCCUGUCCAGCAGCGAUGGAGAGAUGACGCUCGGGGAGACCAUGGAGGAGAUUCUGGAGGAGAGUGAGUUCUGAAUCCAGCGCUGGUACUUCACCACCUGACGUGGAGGAGCUGAGAUGACACCUGGGUGUGUUUUCCCAGGUAAAGGCAGAGGUCAUCGUGGAGAAACAGGCGGUUGGAGGUUUGGUGAUGCGGGGACUCCAGGGCAAGUUGGAACCACUGUGGCUAGCAGGCUAAUGGUUACCAUGCUAGGAAUCUGUUUACUCCCCCAUUCAGGAGUAAUCUCCGAGGUAGCUAGCUUCCUAACUGUCGGUUAGCAGGUUAGCUCGGCCACAUUGAUGUAUUUAAUUACUUUCUCAUAAAACCAGGCCUCUGUUACCGUAAAUAAAACAGCUGAGCUUCCUCCAUUUUGAAUUAUUCGACGUCAGGACGGUGCGCUGACAACAUAUUAGUGCAGAUUUACUCCAGUAAAUACACUGACGGUGGUGACUCUACCUCUGGGUCUCUGUGCUAAUGCUGAAGCAGCUGUGUGUAGUCCGGCGUGUGCGCUGUCCUAAUGGUUGUUAUGUGAUGUAUUUCCUGUUGAAUCAUGACAACAUAUAAUCAAUUUUGGACUGUUGUAUAGUCAGAAGGUCAGUUCGUUAAUUAGACUUUUUGAAGUCACCACUGUUGCUCUGCAGCUGCAUUAUCUUCCUGCAGGUAACAUCUGCAUGUUUACGUUCCCAUGUCUGUGAUUUUCAAUGGGAACUUGGAGACAACAGGGUAUCUACACACUGUACAGUGGGAUGUGAGAGGGGCGGAGAAGGAGAGACGGGGUCAACAGAGAUGAUAUUUGGCGAGGUAUACACCAAACUGGGAAUGUUGGGAAUUCAAAUAAUUGUCUGGGUAUUUAAGUGGGUCAGGAUGUAUUUUACAUUCAUUGGAUCAGAGAGCAGACUCAUCACUGAGACAAAGGAAGAAAAUGUUUACCACAGAUUCACCAAAGAAUCAGACUGAAGAACUGAGAGUUAAAGCUUUUUCCAGUGUAAAAGAAGUGAAUCAUUUUCUUUCAGCCGAUCAUCUACAGAAGCUUCACUCAGAGGUUAGAGACAGUUGUCUCUCAGUGUUCUUCAGUUACAGCAUCUAAUACAUUCUUAUAGAAGGUAUAUAAAGUUCACUUCAGUGUUUGUGCUCAGUGAACCUCAGACUAACAGCAGUGCUGAGUGUUUUUCAUAAAUUUGUUUUAUUUGCCAUAAAAUAAUAAAAAUAUAACAAAACUAUGUCAGGCCAGUUAUAAAUAUCCAUAUGAAGCAACAUCUGGACUGAAACAUCUGGACUGUAAUGUGUAUAUAAAUACAAUGUAUUUGUUGUGUGAAUGUGAAUAAUGAGGCUCUAUGUGCAGCAGGUUUUACAUGUUUUUUUAUUCUUAUGAAGCUUAAAAUGCAUCGAAGGCUUUGUUGUACAGUUAAAACGAUCACAUGAUUUGUACAUGUAGUCUCACAACGGUGUAUGUGCACAAAUAAAAGAUUUGUUUUCACCCUGAA